AUGGGCCACAACACCAGCGUUCUCAGGAGUUGCGGGUCCGUAGGCCCCGCUCUCCUCAAAGUCUCUACGUCGCAGCCGAGCCCGCAGCGGUUUGUGCUUCUGGGCGACACCCUCGCGGCCCUUGUCGAUCCGCACGCUUGCUACGUGCUGGAGCUGGCGAGCGCUCCAGACGCGGCCACGGCCGCGUCUGUCACCGCGACCGCCCGUUUGCGCUCCAAGGAUCCCGGCGCCACGUCCGCUGUUGAGCUUGCGCUCGAAAUCGACCCGCGCGCCGCGGAUGCCUCUUCCGUUACCGUCAAAGUUUCGUUGCGCCGGCUGGCCGACCCAGGCGUGUAUACCAUCGACGUUCGCUGUGGCGGCGAGCUCGCGCUCUCCAUGGCCGUGAGCGUCGAGGGGGCGCCCGCGACGCCGCCCAGUGCCCUCGUCGACGAGCCGGACCCGUUCCCCGCGGACGGACCCCAGUUCCGGACCCAGGUCUCUCAAUGGGAAGCGCUGCUGCCACAGCUGCGCUCCGUGGUCAAAACCGUGGCCGAGCGGGGCGCAAAGAUCGCCGAAAACCUCCACGCCUGUUCGCGCGAGUACGCGCAGGCUGCGUCUGCUCUCCGCGACCUCGAUGGGCUGUGUUCCGGUCUGCCCCUCUAUAUGCGUCGCACGACGCGCGCUCUGCUGUCCGCAGUCAACCAGGAAGCGUCCAGGGCCACCUCGCUGGCGCACUCGACUUCCGACGCGCUGUCGCAGCCUGCUCUCUCGUAUGCGGCUGCUCUGGAUUCCAAGACCCUUUCGUCUCGCCGCAAGCAGUACCAGGACCAGGCCAAAGACUUCUACUCCUACAUGGGCAAAAACCUCUCGUCCGCGGACUUCACCAACCUCUCGAGAAAAAUACAGUUCGAACUGCACCGCUUCGACUACUUCUCAUACCUCUCGGACCUGCUUUCCGGCGCGGCCGUGCGUCAGCUCAUCGACAAAUGGAGCAAAUAUACCGGCAUGCUUCAGCUCGCGCCCAACGCGUCGACGCAGCUCCUCAUGCAGCAGGCUGCCCAAUACCUGGCCAACUACAAGCACUAUCGGUCGCAAGUCGCCGCGGUGCGCUCGCGCAUCGGCCAUUCCCAAAACUACUCCGAUCUGUCUGGUCAGCUCUUGUCCUCCUCCCCUAGCUCCCACCGCGCCUACAAAGAGGGCAUUCUCUGGACUCACAAAGGCCAGGGCAAGUCGUCCGGCUGGCACAAGCAAUGGGUGGUGCUCAAGGACUCCAAGCUGUCUGAGUACUCUGAUUGGAAAACAGAUGGUAAAAAGCUUGCACGCACCCCUCUCAAUCUGACGUUUGCGUGCGUGAAGCGCUCGGACAAAAAGUCCAAUGGCUUCGAGGUCAUUACCACCGAUGGGGUCACAAGAUCCUUUAGGGCAGAAAGUGAAAACGACGUAGAAAGGUGGCUGCGCGAGCUCCAGCUUGCUAUCGGCCUGGACGUGCAGUCUUCCAACACGACUUCAUCUUUACUUGACACGGUCUGCAGUUUGGAUCCCUCGAAUUCCAAAUGCUGCGAUUGUGGCGCAACCGUUCAAGUAGAAUGGAUUUCCAUCAACAUUCUGUGUGUUGUGUGCAUAAAAUGCUCAUCGGUUCACAGAUCUUUGGGCUCCCACAUUUCCAAAGUUCGUUCUUUGAAGCUGGAUUCGUUCCAGUCUAAGGAAAUGCAGGAGUUACUCAAAUUUGUCUCCAACAAGAACGUAAACUCCAUAUAUGAAGCUGAAUUACCGCACAGGCCUAUAAACUCGGAAUCAGCUAUUGAGGAACGCACUAAGUUUAUUACUCAAAAAUACUCACAGAGAAAGUUCGUGGUGCCUUUGCAAGAAAAUGAUCCUGAAGCAAUACGAAAAAGACUCAAUCAUAACCUCAUCAAAUCUAUUCACCUUAAUAGCAUCUACUUAUUGCAGCAAUGCAUUGCACAGGGGACAACUUUGAAUACAGCUCAUCUAGAUCAUGGCGAGACCCUUUUCCAGUAUUCUCUCAAACAUUACCGGGGUACGAAAGAUAAACCCGUCUUCUUCAUAACCGAGUUUCUGCUUCUGAACGGACUCCAAGUUGGCAAACUGCCUAGGGAUAAAACUUCCCUUUCGGAUUCCGAGUAUUCAUAUUGGAAAUCAAAAGCAGAGACUAAUGGCAUAUACGUCCAAAAAAAGAUUGGAAGGGCUGCAACUACAAAAGAAAACAAAGCAACAAAUAUAGCAAGGAUUAACACAUCGACUGCCGAAUCUCUUCCUUUGCGACAACCAUCUUCAGCCAUCGAAACAAACUCCAGUAAGCGUUGGAGUAUAGCCGGAACUAUUCCUAAUGCAUCACCAGUUAUAGCAUCAGCCUCAUCCUUACUACCCAAAUCUCGCGCUCUUAAAUUUCCGAAAAUGCCUAGCAAUAAGAACUAA